AUGUAUUUUAUCCGCACCCUGUCCCUCGUCCUCGCCGCAACUAUCUGCACCACAACAGCAGCGGCCCCAUUAUCUCGCCGCGAUAUCCUGGCGACCAUUGCCCGCCGUGUCCCAGAUCCCCAAAAUGACUCAGCUGAAUGCACAGAGGCCACAUUAAAGCUUAAUAUCAUCUUCUCAGCACUUAGAGGAGAGGAGUACCCUGAGGCAGAUGAGGCGAGAGCUUUGGCGUUGGCUGAGACAUGGGCUGCAAUCGCUGAUGAGUCAAAGUGGGACGCCGCGGGCGCAUAG